UGACACAUGAACGUUACAUUUAAAUCAAAGGAAGGGAUAAUCAAUUCAUAAUCAUAGCUAGCAAUUAAGAUAUUUCAAUACUUUAUAUUAUAAUAUUUUUAAAUACAAUAAUACUAUCUAUCUGUACAAUAUUGAUAAUGGAUAUCAUUUAGAAGGUGCAGUGAAUAAUUUCGAAGGGACCGCCGUAGGGCGGUGACAGAAGCAACCAUGACAUCAAUGCUGUGCCGAAAAGAGACUGGUGGGCAAGUCCACGUCCAUGACAAUGUCAUGAUCGAGAGUCUGGGUGUUGAUGACAAUGAUAAAAUAAGAACACUGAUGAUGUCAAAGCAAAAUUCAGCAAGAAGAAGGAGGAUGCCUCGACCUAACACGACACCAACUCCUUCAAGAAGCUCAUCAAGGAACAUGGAUACCAGCAGUCUCAUUGGUCAAACCAUGAGAGUUCAACAUUGGUUGAAUGACAAGACAGUGAAAACACUGCAGAUAGUUGUGCCAUUCACCAUAACAAAUCAGUUUGAGGAAAAGUCUGAUCUAGAAUCCAAGGCUGCCCGACAAUUGUACAGUCCUUUACUGCAGACAGAAAAUACAUUUGUGAAGGAUGUUGAGGAUUAUAUAACUCGACGAGAUGUGACAGAUUUGAGAAAGAAAGAAGUAUUGCACAAGAAUUGGAGUGAGAGAGUGUACAAGCCGCUACGAAAGAAGAUUAUCGAGGCAAUGGACAGCAAUGAUUGGCCGGAAGUGGACAGAAGGAAACGAGAGCUUCACAGACAAUACCUAGAAUUUACAAAUGCAAAGGGACAUGUCUUCUUGGACACAAUCGAUCCCGAGGAAUAUUAUGCCAUGGCUCUCAACGGACACAGACCUGCUCCAAUAAAGGAUGAAAAAAAUUCUGCAGAGGUAGAUAAAUGUAAAGCAUCACAGAAAAAGGAGGAAAAGCUCUUUAAAAAGGAGAUACAAAAGAUGGAUAAGUUUAUUAAAACAACAAUCGAGACACGGCCGCUGCAUGACCCGCUGAUCUCUCAGGGUCGUCAACGCAGUGAGGAGGAUCGUACCAUUCUCCGUUGUAUGACUGGGUAUAGGUACUCGGAUAAGGACAUAGAACAGGUCAAGAUGCCAGCUAUGCCACUGGUGCCGCUUGGUCGACAUGGCACCGACAGCGUACGCUGGUUGAAGAUGCCACUUGAAAAUAUUGAGAGUUCGCCUCGGCUUGCAAGCAGACGCAGAAUGAGAGGAAAUUUCAAUGAUACUGGCAUAGAUUUCGGGGAAUGGUCAAAAGCCCCGUAUAACCAUGCAGAAGUUGACAGAGAAUUACAAAUUCAGAAAAAACGGCAGUAUCCUGAAGAUCAGCGCCCACCAUUCCCUAAACCAGUCAUACAAAAAGUUACAUUAAAACCAGUCCGGAAUGUCUCUUUUCACGACCCAGUUGUUCAAGAACCAGAAAGUUUAGCUGUGCAACCACUAACACAGGCAAUGCAACAAACAAAUAUUGGAGUCGGCACAGAUUAAUUUAAAGACGAAGCUGCCUUAGAAUUUUUUAGGUUAUUUUGUUAAAAACAAACAGAUAUCUGAUUUAUAAACAAUAAAUGCUCAAGUAACUUAAAUAUCAAAAGAUAAACAGGAAUGUCAUGGCUGUUGUCCACUAAUUGAUGUAUUUAAACCUUCAAAUUUUAAACAUGUGCCUUUAUGUUUAGUAAUUUUUUUGAAUUUAUCAGAGAGAUUACAGCAUUAUAUUCACCAAAUAUGAAGAGUAUCUAAAUUACAGAGCUCUGCUUUAAAUAUUACUUACAUUAAAUAAUAUUUGCAAUUUGAACUUAAAAGCUUUUAAUUAUUUUUCUGAAAAAAUAUUUAAUUGUUCUAAUUUAUAUACAUGUAGGUACAAGCAUAUUUUAAUGCUGAUUUUCAUUAUUGUUUACCUAUUUUAUGAAAUACUGCCAGUUUAAUAUGUCUUAUAUACCUGGCUUUUUGUGAUACAUGGGUAUACUAUAACUGUGAUAAUGCACAGAAAAGUUGUUAAAUAUGCAGUAACUUUUGUUAUCAUAUUACAUUUGUUAUACAAUCACAUUUCAUUUUGAUUUUAUGUAUAUACACUGCUGAUUUUUGUUAUGAUGUAAAUCUUUGUUUACAAAUAUUUGAAGAUUACUGGAUUUGUACAACUUGUACCGAGGAGGUAGAGCGGAACUUCAGUUAUUACAUACUCAUUUCUAUAAACUUGUUCUUUUGCUAGAGUAAAAUUGAAAAUAUCCACGUUAAUGUACGUUUCAACUUGACAACAACAUUGGUACUGAUAUCACAAAUGACAUUGCACCUGCAAUAUGGAAUGUGAUUUUGGAAAAUAUGGACUUUUAAGGUUCCUAUGUUACUUAACAGCAUUUAAAAACAAGUAUGUAAUCAUAACAGAUGAACUUAGAAACAACCAGAAAAAAAAUGUAAUGUUCAUUUGAAUUACUUAUCAUCCCUGAAUUUUCGUAAUGUCUCACAGAUUUCUAAAAAAUAUGAAUCUGUUGCAUUCUAGUGUUCAUUUCUUCACAUAUAAUGAUUCUACUUAAUAGCUAGCUACAGCUUUAAUUAUUGAUUUGCCUUGUAACUGUACUAGUCAUUAUUAUACUGUAGGAUAGAGGGUAUAAUUAAAUUAGAUAGACAUGAAAAGAACAUACAUGUUUUAAGUCAGCAAGAUAUUUUUUUACAAAAAUUCUCUAAUGUUAGACACUAUGGUGUUGGUAGAUACAGUAUAAGGAUGCAUUACUCUUAGGUCAAGGUCACUUACUUUAAAACAGUUUCAAGUGAGCUACUUAAGGAUGUUAUACACUAUUCUGACAAAAUUUUGUUUAUAACAACCUUGUAUAUAGUAAAUAAAAUCAGUAAAAAGAUCCUUUGGAAGCAAAGAAGGUAACCAAGAAGAAUAAUAGCAGACUCAGUUUGAGUCUGUUCAUGAGAGGUAAUGAAAUGUGCAACACCUCUAAUGCCCCCUUGCACCAGCCUAACUGGAACUCUGUUACACAUAUUAUGAAUGGACUCCUGAUGAUUCUAAUUCCAAAGGACACUGAAGACUAUAGACCUUGCUUGGAACUACACUCGGGUCAAAAAAGGUAGCUGUAUUAAUGGUUCUGUAAUAAAUACAAGUAGGAAAUACAUGUGGAUUUAUUUUUUCUCAUCCAGGUGUCAAGUUUUGAACCAUCUGUUAAUAUGAGCUGUGCCAUGAGAAAACCAACAUAGUGGGUGUGCGACCAGCAUGGAUCCAGACCAGCCUGCGCAUCCGCGCAGUCUGGUCAGGAUCCAUGCUGUUCGCUAACAGUUUCUCCAAUUCCAAUAGGCUUUAAAAGCGAACAGCAUGGAGCCUGCGCAGAUGUGCUGGCUGGUCUGGAUCCAUGCUGGUCGCACACCCACUAUGUUGGUUUUCCCAUGGCACAGCUCAUAUCACUUUUUAUCAGUUACUCUGUCAUUCUCUUUUAGUUUGGACAGUAGUAUUUCUCAAGUUGUUGGCAACACUUCAGGAUACUUGACUCGUAUUUACUGAAACUGAUUUUCUGGGGGAAAAUCUUUACUUGUAAAAGUUUUUCCAGUACUGCAGUUUAAGUAAGUCUUUGAAAUUAAGAUCAGUUCAGCAUUACAAUUUACGUUCAUCUUCCUUAAUCGCUGUUGUUUUUUAUCAUUAUUGAAGUUGACCUGUAAAUGGGUAGGCCAAACUCGGUUGUUUCUUUAUGGUGAAAACAUUGUCAGUUAACCACCAAUAACACUGGCUUCUUUUUGUACACUUUUGAAAUGGUCACUUAAUUUUGUAUGAAAUAUUGAUUCUUUGAUGUAUUCAUGUUGUUUUUUUUUUUUGUUCAGAUUCAACUUCAUUUUUGUCUUGCAUUCAUUUAUUUAUUCAUCACAAAUAGAUUUUAUUUUGAAAUUAUAUUUAGAUGAUAAAAGUGCCUUUCAUAAAUUGUUACUCUAUUUACUUCUUUUUUAGACAUGAAAUGUGUGAAUAAAAAAUAUGAAAAACA